AUGCAGACUCCGAUUGCAACACUACGCCAAGGAAACACAUUCCUAAAAGAACAACAGGUUGAAGUGCCGAUCUCAAGACAGACCGCCGAAGCAGAAGCGGAAGCACGAGCAGAUGAGGAGCAGAAGGUACGAUUGGUAGCUGUCAGAUUCGCCGAAUCAUUCACGGAAAACGUUAUGAGUCAAGCCCAAUCCGAUCUUCGCAGUUCUGUCCGAGUUGAUGAGUCAAUCGUGAAAAUCACGGCAGCACCAGGAGCGAAGAUUUUAGAAGAGAAGGUAACCGAAACGGUGGAGGUAAUCCCAACAAUCUCAACCGUUGCUCCGCCACAGACGUCAACGAUGGUCACUAAAUCUGCACAAGUUCUAGAGGAAAUCAUUAACGCCGGAAUGACAACUAUUGACGUACGUAAACCAAACGUUCAGUUCGAUCACGUGGUUACGGUAGUCGAACCAGAGGUAGUCCAGCUAGGUCUGCGACUGUCGUCGCCUAGUGUGCCGUCGAUGAAGUUCAUCGACCUGGAAACGAUAUUGCAACGGCCGGGUACCUCCUCGUCAGCUAACACACUCAUCACGAUCACCUCAGCGAGGAUCGGCGAACGCUGA